AUGGUCGAGGUGCAUCUACCCCGAUCAGCAGUACGGGCGACAAAAGUAGCCCUAAAAGAGGUCAAUUACCGCAUAAGACCAUUUGCCCAGAAUGUUUUCAUCUCGAGGGCGGAGCUAAAGCAAGAGCAAGAUGGGUCUGUGGCAGACAGGCAAUCCUCUGGAGAAGCAGUCGGAAAAGCAAAAGAACCAGAACCAGAACCAGAACCAUAUUCCGCUCAGAAGCCUCCCUGGUUUCCGGUCAGGCCUGUGGCUGUAAAAGACAACAUAGCUACAGCUGACCUCCCCACAACAUGCGCAUCAGGCAUUUUAAAGAACCAUCAAAGCCCCUUUGAGGCCAGUGUGGUGGAGCAGCUUCGCUCAACUGGCGCUCCCAUAAUAGGGAAAACGAAUAUGGAUGAGUUUGGCAUGGGUUCUCAUUCAACGAAUUCAUUUUUUGGAACGGUUACCAAUCCGCCACCCUUUGAUCGCCUUUCUGUUGGUGGAAGCUCUGGAGGGAGUGCAGUUGCCGUCGCACAAAAGCUGGUUGAUAUAGCUAUUGGAACAGAUACGGGAGGUUCGGUCAGACUGCCCGCAGCGUAUUCUGGGGUGGUAGGCUUUAAGCCAUCAUACGGCUUAAUAUCUCGCUGGGGAGUCGUCCCAUACGCAAACUCUCUCGAUACGGUAGGGAUACUAGCUCGAUCUUGUAAGCAAGUCUUCAAGACCUUUGUCUCGAUGCAGGAACAUGAUCCCAAAGACCCAACAUCUCUCUCCGAAAAAUCCCGGAUGCGAGCAUUCACUAGUGGCAGCAAUAGGUGGAGGGAAUUGAGUGACCAGAAUUUCAAAGACUUCCAUAAAUUAAGAAUUGGUGUCCCUGAGCAGUACAACAUCUUUGAACUUGAUGGGAGAACCAGACAGUCUUGGCAGCGGACACUGAUGCUGUUCCAGGAUCUAGGAUGUACCAUUGUACCGAUUUCACUACCAAACACACAGCAAGCGCUGCCGGCAUAUUACAUACUAGCUAUGGCUGAAGCAGCUUCGAACUUGUCCAAAUACGAUGGUGUGAGAUACGGAACUCGAAGUCAGUCGAGUGAUGGGGCUGGAGAUGUCCUCUACUCCGAAUCGAGAGGAGAGGGCUUUGGUGACGAAGUCAAAAGGCGUAUACUUUUGGGCUCGUACGCUUUGAGCUCCGACGCAAUUGAUAACUAUUUUAUCAAGGCUCAGAAGGUGCGAAGACUAGUUCAACAAGACUUCGACCGCGUCUUCUCCAUGCCUAACCCGCUUCGAGACCCUGAGCAAUUUGAUCUUUCGGAAAUGGACGAAUCAAUUCUACUGAACAACAAAUUAGGACCAUCUCAAGUGGAUUUGAUCGUAUGCCCAACAAGUCCUACCCCAGCACCGAACCUUGAUGACAUAGCGAACCAAAGACCCGUAGAUGCAUACAUCAACGACGUAUUUACUGUCCCCGCAAGCAUGGCUGGCCUUCCUGCUAUAAGCGUCCCGUUGAAGAGACGACCCACAGACAGUCCUAGAUUUGAUGGCAUGCAGAUCAUUGGGCAGUAUUCGGAUGAUUAUCGUGUCAUUUUUGUUGCACACGAGCUUGAGAAGUUAUUGAAGAUUGACAAUGCAAGUGGUCAAUGGCGGAAGGAAAAUAGGGAGAGCCUUAACUGA